UCCAUCUCAGCCCAGCCCCGGCUGAGGACGUGGUGGAAAACCAGCGAAGUCGCUCCCUUUCGUUCCUUAGUCCCUUGGCUAAAAAUUGGCAAGCAGAGGGUUGCAGAAGCGACCUUGAGGGAGCUGGUGGGGAUGGAGGGGAAACUGUCUACCCUCGGCAAGCUGUGCACACCCUUGAUUUAUAACCGAGAAAUAUGCAGCCGAUCACUCCCGGCGUGGAGAGGAGCAGCAUCUGGAGAGGAGCAAGCAUCUGGAUGGGAUACCUUGACCGGCGCGCAUUUCUCAGACCUUGUGUGAUUCUUAUUAUUAUUGUUACCGCUGCCUCUUUUUGCAGUCCAGAAACAAUAGCUGAGUCCUCUUUAGUCUCUAUAUACCCUGUAGAGAAUUACUGAAAUAAAGUCAUGUGACGGUCGGAGGGUGUGUUUCCAAUUAUUGCAUUUGAGUCUAUCUGCCAGGCCGGCGAAGACAAACAGCCUUCUGAAGGAGUCUGAUGGGUUUUUUUCCCUCCCCAGCUUCGUCGCACUGGAGGAAGUGAACUCAACCGGCAUGACCAAUUGACCGCCAUUUCCUGGGUCUCCAACGAUGGAACGGCACAAUAGCGCCAAGGGGAGGAAAUCCAAAACGCUCCGCUCCAUUUCCCGGUCGCUCAUCCUCUGCAACGGCAAGACCAGCGACGAUGGCUCGAGCCCGGAUGAUAAAUAUGCCAACCCUUUUGAGAGCCAAGCCAGCUGGAGUCAGAAAGAGCCAUGCCCUCAACUUCAGCUGGCCUGCCCCGCGCCUAGCCAAGACGGCACAUCCGAUCCUCUGGUGAUUGCCAGCAUGGUGCAGAUGAGGACCAGUGCCAGUGACAGCUGUAAGAACAUGAAGAGGAAGUUCUUUAUCAAGGACAGCUGCAUUUGGAAACUCUGCAUUGCCACCGGGAAUACGGGGCUGGGAAUUCAAGUCUGCAGGACUUCCAGUGGCUCUGCUUUUGGUAAAGAGUUCAUGGUCAGCCACGUGAUUGACGGGGGAGCAGCUCAGAGGGAUGGUCGUCUAAGCCCUGGUGAUGAGCUUUUAACAGUCAACGGGCAACCCCUUAAAGAGCUCUCCAGCAAAGAGGCUGAAUCGCUCAUCCAGUCUGCCAGAGGCUUGGUUAAUUUAGUGAUCGCUAAUAAGGAAUCAUCCACUUGUCCUCACGCGGAGCAGCCUCCUAAACACAACCUGCCGAAUGGAUCCGUUCUGCAGACCAAAGCCAAAUGCCAGCGGACUCGCAGCAAUUCAACCAGUGCUAGUCCGUAUUGGAUAGGAGAUGUUGAUAGUUCUAUGGUCAAGAAGUCAACCUCUCGGUACAGACAGUCCCUUUAUAGCAACAGAAAGUCAUUCUCUCAACAGCUGGAGAAUGCAGCAGGAAAAGCAGCUGUCAAGCCUCUUUCCAGGUCAUCUCGCUCACUAAGUUCCGCCCACCUCAUGUCCACAUCUUCGGGUUUACAGGCCUCUAUGAUCUCCAACAUUGUUUUAAUGAAAGGUCAAGGGAAGGGACUGGGUUUCAGCAUUGUGGGUGGUCAGGACAGCAUUUAUGGCCCCAUUGGCAUCUAUGUGAAGACAAUCUUUCCUGGAGGAGCAGCUGCUGCGGAUGGAAGGUUACAGGAAGGAGAUGAAAUCCUAGAAUUGAAUGGAGAAUCAAUGCAUGGACUCACACACCAUGAAGCUUUGCAGAAAUUUAAGGCCAAGAAGGGCCUCCUCACACUCACCGUUCGGACAAGCUUCAGCACUCCAUCUUCUGCCACCAGCUAUUUAUCGUCUCACCUUUGCCGUUCUCUGAGUACCAGCAUGUGCAUCACCAAGGAGAACAGCUCCUUUGGGUCAGAAAGCACCUCGACGUUUCCCCUGAACCCCCUGAACCCCAAUGACAGGAUCAUGAUGGAAGUUUCCUUAAAUAAAGAGGCUGGCGUGGGCUUAGGCAUUGGCUUGUGCAGCAUCCCUUAUUCCCGGUACAUUUCUGGGAUAUUCAUCCACACUCUUUCUCCUGGCUCUGUGGCUCACAUGGAUGGGAGGCUCAGAGGUGGAGAUGAAAUAGUGGAAAUCAACGAGGCAUCUGUUCAAACAAUGACCCUUAGUGAAGUUCACGCUGUCCUAAGCCACUGCAAUCCUGGCAUUGUGCAAAUUAUCGUUAGCAGGCAUCCUGAUCCACAGGUGUCUGAACAGCAGCUAAAGGAUGCCGUUUUCAGUGCCAUGGAAAGCAACAAGUUGGAAAGAGACAAAUUCCACUGGAAUGCAGAAGGUGGAAGUUGGCUUAAGAAAGCUCCCUGUGAAAAAUACUUGGAGAAGAAUGACGCUCACCUCAGCCAUCCUUCUCAAAAGCCAAUGAUCCGUUCCAGCAGCGAUAGCAGUUACAACCCCAGGUCAUCUUGUGGAAAUGGCUUUCUUUAUCAGUUGACCAACGGCCAAGGAAAAGAACAUCAUCUGGAUGUAGCAAUUACACAGCCACCGGGCUCCCGACAUUCAUUUUCUGAAAUGAGUUUGCGAAAUGAGCCUUCCCCACCAGUGUCUCAAGGCGUUGGUCCCCUUUCGUCACACACGACUAAAAAAAGCACGGAGAUCCUGGUUAGAAAACCCAGGUCAUUCAAACCCAAACCUCCACCAAGGAAGUACUUCAAACAGGAUUGUCCUGAUAAUGAGCAGACGAUCAGAGAGUUGAAAGAGGGACCCAACCUUCAUGAGACUGAAGUCCUGCCACCUUCAAACACUCAGGAAGUUGGGGACCUGCUGCGGCUGAGAAAUAAGACGGUUGUAACUCACGGCACAUUUGCAAGUUCUUUAGCUCCACGAGCUGCAGAACAGCUGAAGGUGUCCUCAGGAGCUGCAGAUCGUGAAAAGAAAAACAACAAAGGCAAGGCAGAUUCAUCUACAAGACCUGCCCUCAGAAGACAAGCAAGGGUGGAUUAUAGCCUUGAGACCACAACCGAAGAUCCUUGGGUGAGAAUUUCUGACUGCAUCAAAAGUUUGUUCAACCCCAGCAUGGCUGAAGAAAGGUGCACCUUAAACAUGCCGCAUGGCAUCAAAAGCAAAGACAGUGAGCCGGCCCUGCAUUGCUCAGGUGCAGCCCUGCAGCCCUCAGACACCGAGGAGAGCGACCCCAAAGCCUCUUCUACAUCAGAAGAAGGUGACUUUGUGAAGAAAGGGCCACCUGUAGCGCCCAAACCAGCUUGGUUCCGUCAGAGCCUCAAGGGACUAAAGAAAGGAAGUUCAGAUGCAAAAACUCUCAGAAACAGCAGCGCUGAGCAUCAGAGCAUGUCAGACAACGAGGCGGGCUCCAUUACCAAGAUUGUCCGGGCAUCUCCUAGAGGAUCGUCAAUAAAGCAGAGAAUCAGCUCUUUUGAAAAUCUGGGCACUCCUCAGUCUCCCGAAAAGGGGACUAGGAAGCUGAGUCCAAAGCCGUCUGUUCAAAAAGAAGAAGCUUCUAGCAGGCAGGAUUCACAAACUGCCAAGUGCGAUCCUCAGGAAGCAUCCACCAGCAGCAUCGACCACCAAGGUUCUGAGAGCAGCCCCCUGCCGUCAUCUCUAGGAGAAAAUCAGAUCAGCUCGUCGUCUUCUUCCUCCUCCGUGGAUCGUUGUGCUUCGACUUCAAAGACGAGCAACGACACCCGUCUUGACUCAUCUUUGACUCUUCCAGCCUCACAAAAUACGGAACUCAACCCACCAGUCACAAAAGCAUCGAGUCAACGAGCACGGAGCUUUCCACUCACUUCAUCUCAGGCAUGUGAGGUGUUGAAAAGCAGCGCCGAGGGAGAAAAAUGCAGCAAAAUCUACUCCAUUAGCAAUUACUUCUCGUCCGCUUUGAUGAAAUCCUUAGAUGGCUUCCCUUCUCAGUCUCCUCGGUGUUCUAGGAAGAGCCCUACUGGGACCUCCAACGGAGGGAUUUCUGAAUCUGGCACAGAAGAAGACAAGGUUGCUAUCCCUCAAGGAAGAGAAGUUCAAUCUCUGGACACUGGCUAUUCUCUUAACCUUUCUGAGUUGAGAGACUACGGAGCAAAUCACCCAGACAAAGAGAAAAGGGAAGAUAAGAAGAAAGGCUGCCCGUCUCCAACUCUGGGCACCUCCGGGCAAGCGGUCAUCUCUCUCCUCACCCCUGAAGAACUGGAGAAACUUCUGGAGGAGGUGAAAUCUUUGGAUGAAGCAACACUAAAGCAACUCAAUGACAUUCAUGUGACAAUUCUGCAUAAAGAAGAAGGGACUGGCCUGGGGUUUAGCUUGGCUGGUGGAAUAGAUCUUGAAAACAAAGCUGUUGUCGUUCACAAAGUUUUCCCCAGCGGCCUAGCAUCUCAGGAAGGAACGAUCCAAAAAGGGGAUGAAGUCUUAUCGAUCAAUGGGAAAUCUCUCAAGGGUGCCACUCACAGCGAAGCGCUGGAGAUCUUGCGAAAAGCACGACAUCUCAGGCUGGCAGUGAUUGUCACCCGAAAACCCAAAGAGAGAGAAUGGAGCACCCCAAGUGGCUUGCUUCAGUCCUCAGCAUCAACAGGAAGCGAAACUUCAAUGGAUUCCACACCAGAAGAUCUGAUCUUUACGGUUACCCUGGAGAAGACAUCUGCAGGUUUAGGUUUCACUCUGGAAGGAGGAAAAGGCUCCAUUCAUGGAGAUAAACCAAUCACCAUCAGCCGGCUUUUUAAAGGCAUGACACCCCAACACAACCCCCCCGUUCAGCCUGGAGAUGAGCUGCUGCAGGUGCACACGUACCUGAUGCAAGGACUCACCCGCUUCGAAGCUUGGAAUAUCAUCCGGACCUUACCCGAUGGGUUUAUUACUGCCAUCAUCAGGAGGAAAAAUUCAGUGGCUGGAAUGGCUUCCUCUCUCCAUGGAGAGGAGUAGUGGCCAUGAUGAUCGCCAAUGCUCAAAAGAGAUUUGGAACUGCUAUGACCCAAACUAGGGACUCAUCCCUUGCUCGAAUCAGCUACCCUGCAGCUGAUUUAAAGGCCCCGGGUUCUUUGCUCGCAAAGGGAAUGUCAAGAAAAGAGGAGGAGGCCAAUGUAAACAGCUCACUUGUUUGUGUGCACAGUAUCAUUCAAAGUUCCUGUGGGGAGCUGUGCCUGAACUAAUCCAGGAUUUUGCCAGAAGCAAAAGGGCAGAACCCCAAAAGAAGAAUUGAUGGCAGAGGAGAUAGCGGGAUUAAUUAACUGGGCCUUGAUUGCCUAAUAAGCAUCAAAGUAAACACAGGAGCCCAGCGCAUGGAGAUUCCUUUCAGGACCUUCCUUUGAUGCAACCUGGAGGGUGUAUCUUGGAACGUGAGGCCUCUGUUGAACCCUUCCUGGGAUUGCAAGUGUGUAAAAGUGUGCGUAUAUUUCCAUCACUGGGAAAGCACAUCUCUCUCACUUUGGACUGGCUGUAGAUUGUCCGUGGCUGGAUCAGGAAAGCCUGAUUUAAACCACAUUUUUACCUGUUCCUCCAAUAAAGUAUUGUUCUUUUAAUCACGUUACCUUUACUUACAAUUAUCUCUCCCCCCGAAAGGAACUCUGCUCAGAAACAGCUGCUGCAAACUUCAAUCCAAACAGAGACAAGACCAAGAGUGACUUCAGAGCACCCUAUUUUUGUAUUUCUAAUGUAUAAAAGCACAUCAGAACAACA